CGUUUCGUGUGGCCCAGCCUUAACCGUAUGUUGACAGAUCGAUUAUUUCAUUACGCGAUUCAAUUUGGUCCAAAAUAUCUAAAGCAAGUAUUUAGCUUUUAUAAACUGUUUGACACACCAAACUUUUUAAUUCCAAGCAUCGAUUUCUAAAAACACAAUAUGAGCGGAAAUCUCUUUCAAAAGUAUGGUAAUCGCUACAUCUCGGUACUAAGCCGUGUGUGGGCCGGCGGCAGUUCGCAAGUCAUUAAAAACUCUGAAGAAACUCUGCGAAAAGCUCUAGAGCUAAAAUUUCCAAAGGCUAAGAACAUCGUCGUUACUGAUAUGUCUGGCGGAUGUGGAUCAAUGUACGAGAUUUCUGUUGAAACAACGGAAUUUAAAGGCUUAUCCACCGUAAAACAACAUCGAUUGAUCGCGGAAGCACUCAAGAAUGAAAUAAGGGACAUGCAUGGCCUAAGAAUACACACAUCGAUCGGAGAGUAGACAAAUUCAAAGAACAUACCUUAUUUUCGUGGUUAGCACAGAAACUUUUCACCGAAA